GUCGCGCGGCUGCUGCGCGGACUGCCCUCCAGUCCCCUCCCAGUCUCAUUCCGGGCGCUGUCCCGGUCGGUGGCGGCGAUGGCGCCGGGGGCGGCAGAGCCGGGGCUGGCGGAGUCGGGGGUCUCGGAGCCCGGAGCCCCCCGGGAGCUGCAGACCCUGCGGCUGCAGCGGCACCGGGAGCACGUCCUGCACGUGCAGCUCAACCGGCCCAGCAAGCGCAACGCCAUCAACCUGCUCUGCUGGAGGUACUGGGACACAGAGGUGGACAUGGGGCUGGCGGCCGACGUGGGGACCCUGCAGCGCCUCCCCAAAAUCGUGGGGAGCCAGAGCCUGGUGAACGAGCUCGCCUUCACCGCCCGCGUCAUGAGAGCCCCCGAGGCGCUGAGCUGUGGCCUUGUCAGCCGGGUGCUCCCUGACAAGGACACACUGCUGGAGGUGGCCCUGGAGGUGGCCGUGGCCAUCGCCGCCCGCAGCCCCGUGGCCGUGCAGGGAACCAAAGUCAACCUGGUGUACUCGAGGGACCGGCCCGUCAGCGAGGGGCUGCUGCACGUGGCCACCUGGAACAUGGCCAUGCUGCAGACCGAGGACAUCCCCAAGUCGGUGCAGGCGGCGCUGGACAAGAAGGGACCCGAGGACGUCCCGUUCGCCAAGCUGUGAUGUCACCUCAGUGCCACCAGGGCCACCCAUGGAGCCUUCCCUGAGCCCUGAUGUCACCUCAGUGCCACCAGGGCCACCCAUGGAACCUUCCCUGAGCCCUGAUGUCACCUCAGUG